CCACGCGCCGUGACUAAAUCACUGGUGCUGGAGACGGACGGGAACUCGGGCUGGCGGUGGCGUGUCGUUCGGAGGCUGGAGACGACCCAAGCUGGUGCUGGGGCAGCUCCCAUCCCGAGGUGGCAGUCCUAGGUCCGGGCCCGGCUGUGACGCACGCUCAGAGAGUCCGGUUUUCUGAGAACUAAGGGCUUGUGGAUCCAAAACUCGGGAUCGCACUAACGUGACACCCGGGCUAGCUGCCUUUCCCCGGACCGAGGGAUACCCCGGAGAGCAUCCGAGUCACGCCGACCCGGAACUGCUUGAGCAACGGCCAUGGCGGCUCUAGGCCCCGGCAGCCAGAACGUCACCGAAUAUGUCGUCCGAGUCCCCAAGAACACAACCAAAAAGUACAACAUAAUGGCUUUUAAUGCAGCUGAUAAAGUCAACUUUGCUACCUGGAACCAGGCCCGGCUAGAGCGAGAUCUGAGCAACAAGAAGAUCUACCAGGAAGAGGAGAUGCCAGAGUCCGGAGCAGGCAGUGAAUUCAACCGAAAGCUCCGGGAGGAGGCCAGACGAAAGAAGUACGGCAUCGUCCUGAAGGAGUUCCGGCCCGAGGACCAGCCCUGGCUACUCCGGGUCAACGGCAAAUCGGGCAGGAAGUUCAAGGGCAUAAAGAAGGGCGGAGUGACAGAGAACACGGCCUACUACAUCUUCACGCAGUGUGCCGAUGGUGCCUUUGAGGCCUUCCCUGUGCAGAACUGGUACAAUUUCACACCGCUGGCCCGACAUCGCACACUCACUGCUGAGGAGGCCGAGGAGGAGUGGGAGAGGAGGAACAAGGUCCUGAACCACUUCAGCAUCAUGCAGCAGCGGAGGCUCAAGGACCAGGACCAGGACGAAGACGAGGAGGGGAAGGAGAAGCGGAGCCGCAAGAAGCCCAGCGAGCUGCGCAUCCAUGACCUGGAGGACGACCUGGAAAUGUCCUCCGAUGCCAGUGAUGCCAGUGGCGAGGAGGAAGGCAGCAGAGCCUCUAAGACUAAAAAAAAGGCCCCACUGACCAAGGCGGGCAGGAAGAAGAAAAAGAAGAAGGGCUCAGAUGAUGAGGCCUUUGAGGACAGCGAUGACGGGGACUUUGAGGGCCAGGAGGUGGACUACAUGUCAGACGGCUCCAGCAGCUCCCCAGAUGAAUCAGAGGGCAAACCCAAAGUGCCGAAGCAGGAGGCUGGCCCCAAGGGUGUGGAUGAGCACAGUGAGAGCAGUGAAGAGAGCGAGGAGGAGAAGCCCCCUGAGGAAGACAAGGAGGAGGAGGAGGAGAAGAAGGCCCCCACCCCACAGGAGAAGAAGCGCAGGAAAGACAGCAGCGAUGAGUCAGACAGCUCAGAGGAGAGCGACAUUGACAGUGAGACCUCCUCUGCACUCUUCAUGGCGAAGAAGAAGACACCCCCCAAGAGGGAGCGGAAACCAUCAGGGGGUAGUUCUAAGGGUACCAGUCGACCAGGGACUCCUAGUACAGAAGCAGCAAGCACCUCUUCUACCCUGCGGGCUGCAGCCAGCAAGCUGGAGCAGGGGAAGCGGACAGGUGAGACUCCAGCAGCCAAGCGCCUGCGGAUGGACACGGCACCUCAGAGCCUGUCUGGGAAGUCCACACCCAGUGGCGGUGACGUCCAGGUGACAGAGGACGCUGUACGCCGCUACCUGACUCGUAAGCCCAUGACCACAAAGGACCUGCUGAAAAAGUUCCAGACCAAAAAGACGGGGCUGAGCAGCGAGCAGACCGUGAAUGUGCUGGCGCAGAUCCUCAAGCGCCUCAACCCCGAGCGCAAGAUGAUUGGGGACAAGAUGCACUUCUCCCUCAAAGAGUAGUGCUAAUAAAGAGAGUAAACCCAGA